AUGUCGCUCAACAAAAAGAUUGCGAACUUCUUAUUGCUGUAUAGGAACACACCUCAUAGUGUCACCAAUGAGACACCAGUAAAAUUAUUUCACGGAAGAAAUCUACGGACAUGCCUAGAUUUGAUACGACCCGAUACCAGGAAAAUCGUGGCAGAUAAAACCAUGAAAAACGCCAUGGAGGAAAGAGAGUUCAAAGAAAAUGAUCAUGUGAUUGUACGGGAUUAUCGAAAUAAGGAUAAAUGGAUUAACGGACAGAUUAGAUCAAAAUUAGGACCGUUAUCUUAUGAAGUCACCACAGAACAAGGAAGUGUGUGGAAAAGACACUUCGAUCAAAUGCGCGAUUCAAAACCGAAACCUGAUGAACAGUGUUCUUUAAAUGACCCUAUGGCAGAAAUAUGUGAACAACAAGAGUCUGUAACUUCUGACUCAAACACGCCAUGCAGCGAGUCUCCGGCCAGUACACACAUAGAAAACACGCCAUGCAGCGAGUCUCCGGCCAGUACACACAUAGAAAACACGCCAUGCAGCGAGUCUCCGGCCAGUACACACACAGAAAACACGCCAUGCAGCGAGUCUCCGGCCAGUACACACACAGAAAACGUGACGUCCGAACAACCGUUAAAUAAACAUUAUCCGAUGCGUGUGCGAAAACAAACCAAAAGACUCAUUGAAGAGUGUUGA